CAGUGAAAGCGAUGAAUUUGAGAAUGACGGGUUCAGUGAUAUGUCUGACGGCAUGUUUGAUGAAGAAGACGAUGAUGAUGACUCCAGUAAUGUGGGUAACAAGAAGAAGAAGAAGAAGAGUAAACACGCUCCCACGGAGACAUCAUCGAAGAGGAGAGUUUCUAAGAUAAGACAGAUUCCAGGACUUGAGAAUCGCAAGAACGAGACAUCACUCUACAGAGACAUCAGAUUCGAUGCUGCCUUUGGUAAAGCUGAUCUUAACAGAGUACGUAAGGAUUACAAGUUCUUGGAUGACUACAGACAACAGGAGGUUUCUGAGAUUACGAAGAUGCUGAAGGACCCAAAGAUGCGUAAUAAGCUGAGUCAAAGGGAGAUUGAGGAUUUGGAGUACCAAUCCAAGUCAUUAAGGUCGAGGCUAGACACUCUCAAGAAUAGGGACUUGGAACAAGAGGUUGUGAAGAAGUAUAAAGAAGAGAGAGGUAUCAAGGGCAACUUCUUCCUCAAGAAGAGUGAUAAGAGAAAGAUUGUUCAAAAGCACAAGUUCGAUAACAUGAAGGCCAGUCAAAGAGAGAAAGUGGUGGAGAGAAAGAGAAAGAGAAGAUUGGGUAAAGAGUUCAAACAGUUGGAAUUCAACAGACCUAGAGAUUGAGUAUUAUAUAAUAUGAAUACUUGUGUAUAAUAUCACUGAUGCAUAUGUUCAAUAUUAGAAAAGA